AUGAAUAUCUCUCAGGGAGAAUCAAAGGCAACGAAUUCACGAGUUUAUAUUUCAUCAUCAUUAUUGUCUGAUUCAGUAUUACAUGAAAAACUACUGAAAUUUCUAUCUGAAUAUUUGAAGAGUGUAAACAAAUUUUUGUUGAGCUACGUGAAGGGAAUACAAUUCAAAUCUUUUAUUACAAAUGAAACGGCAUCUGUUCUAGCACCAGACAAUGACCCCCCUCAGAAGAUGGGCAAUCUCUCCCUUCAACCAACAGAAGAAGAAAUAGCGGAAGCUCAAUCAAAACGUUCAGAAGCAGUGUCAGCCUUCUCAGAGAAAGAUUACGAAAAGGCAUUGGCUCUUUACACAGAAGCAAUAACUCUGAAUCCCCAAGCAACCCUUUUAUAUGCUAAACGUGGUCAAAUUUAUCUUCUACUGAGUAAACCAAAUGCUUGCAUCCGUGACUGCGACAGAGCUAUCGAUCUCAACCCAGACAGUGCAGCAGCCCACAAAUUUCGAGGUCGUGCCCAUCAACUCCUGGGUAAUUGGGAAGAAGCAGCAACUGAUCUUCGACUCGCGUGUCAAUUCGAUUUUGACGAACAGGCAGACGAGUGGCUUCGUGAAGUUACACCCAAUGCACGUAAAAUCGAGGAGCACAAGCGUAAGAAAGAGCGCAGAGCUCUGGAGAAGAAGGAAAAAUCUUAUCAGAAAGCACAGAGACAAGCACGUGAGGCAGCCAAAGCACGUGAAGCGAACUCACGUCCAUCACAAACCGAUGAUGGACCAGGAAAAACAGGCAUGGGUGAUUUCUAUCAGUAUCUCAAUGAUCCUGAAGUUCUCGCGGCAUUCCAGGAUCCUGAGGUAUCAGCUGCUUUUCUCGACAUCUCAUCGAAUCCAGCAAAUAUUCUGAAGUAUCAGAAGAAUCAAAAAGUCAUGGAUUUGAUCAACAAAGUGGCCUCAAAGUUUGGUGGUGCAAGUGGCUUCGCCGGAAUGACAGAUCAGAUGCCUAGUGGAUUCUUUGGUGGUACUGAUGCGCCACCAAAGCCAUCUGCACCGAGAAGCGAUGACGAUGUUGGCCUUGACUAAAAGUGCAUUAUACCCCACUUGAAAUCUCUUGUUUACCUUUCACUCAAGUUCAUUGUCGCAAAGCAUUGUUUUUUUUUUAUUAAUUCCUUCUAAUGCUGUCUACUUACCAUUCCCGGGAUAAUUACUGCUUAAAUCGUAAUGAUGAAAUACGAUUAAACAUUGAAUAUGUAUGAAAUUGUUUACCAUCCAUAUACUAAUGUAUAUAUCGACGAGUUCAUUUGUACUUUUGCGAAGAUUGAUACAAGGACACAUUGUAUUCUAUUACUUUUAUAAAAAGAGAGUGGGAGAGCGGGUAUAACUUUUAGCAUUAAUAAUCAGCACUCCGAACAGUGAUGACCGACUAAAAGGAGAGAAUCUUUUUUUAAUACGGAGUGCUCUUACUUAAGAUAUAAUAUGUAUCUUUCACCAUGAACCAACAUAUUCAAAAUAAAACCAUGUUUAAAACAAAAUUAAUCGAACAAUAA